GAAAACUUAUUAUGCCAAUUAUAAAUAAGACAUGAAUUUAUGAGCAUCAUAUACUUUAACUAGUCGGCUAUGGAAUCAAAUUCUGAAAAUAUAUCAAAAGAUCUUAUAAAAACAAUUUUUGAAGGAACGAUAAAUGCUACAAAAUUAACCCAUGUUUUGAAUAAAGCAUUGAAUGACGAUAACUUUUUAUGCUUGGAUGAUACAACAAUCACUGAAAAAAGUAUAAAUGAACAAGCUAAUAAAAUAUGGAGCCUGUUACGUUCAUCAUUAUCAUUAUACAAUCCUGAAAUGUUAAUAAAGAAAAAAGGGCACCUGGAAGAGAGAAUGAAAUCAUUGGUGGAAAUCAAUGACACUAUAUUAGAAAAUAUUUAUAAGGAUUUGGAUAUUUCCAAAGGAAUAGACAUGAACCCUAAAAUAGAAAUUAAGCCCCAAACAAUGGAAUCAUCCAAAAAAGUAUUUUGGAAUCAGGUAUACCAAAAAAAUACUACCCCACAAACAACAAUUGUAUCAAUGACUUUGCAAGAUGAGAAAAACUUAAACACAAAAACCCCAACACAUUUUAAAACAUAUUCAUUAAUGGCAUCCUCUAAUAUCACUAGACCUCAACUCAAAUACAAUAUAAAAGUAGAUAAUUCAAAAGAACCUUUUUUCCCAUCUAAAUUAGUUUUCAAAGCUCACUCACUCAAAACUACCAUCAUUGAAAAUCAAAAUAUGACCAUGGAAUCAAUAGAAAAUAUUGUUGUGGAUUCUGCCCAAUUAAAUGAACAUUCAGAAACCAAAGAUUUUAACAAGAUCCCACACGUUAAUCCUUAUUUUGAGGAACUGGAAAACUUGCAACCUAUGCCUUUGUUGUUUAAAGAAUCUAUAGAUCCUAAAUUUCCAGAAUCAUUAACUGAUGUUCCACUCAUUUUCGUUUCAUCCAUUCAACAAUUGGAAGAUUUGAUCCAAGAUCUGGCCAAGGAAGAAAUUAUAGCCAUAGAUUUGGAACAUCAUUCCUACAGGAGUUAUUUGGGAUUAGUUUGCUUGAUGCAAAUAUCCACCAGGAAAAAGGAUUAUUUGGUUGACACAUUUACCCUGUGGAACGAUAUGAAUAGGCUCAUCAAAAUAUUCGCCAACCCCAACAUAUUGAAAGUUUUCCACGGUGCCCACAAGGACAUUGAGUGGUUGCAACGCGAUUUUUCUCUUUACGUCGUCAAUCUAUUUGACACAUUUUACGCUAGCGAGGCCUUAAAGUUGCCCAUAAAAUCGCUAGCCUAUCUCUUGAUGUUAUAUUGUGGCGUCCAGGCUAACAAAGAGUUUCAGCUUGCCGAUUGGAGAAUCAGACCAUUGCCAGAAAAUUUGAUAAAUUACGCUCGUUCUGACACGCAUUACCUCAUAUACAUUUACGAACGGAUGAAAAACGAUAUUUUGGAAAGGGACCAACUAUCGGGCCACAAAUAUUCUUCUGACGAAGCCUUGGAGCAAAGCUUAAUUUAUUACGUGUUUAACAAGAGUCGCAGACUAUGCCAGAAGGUGUAUUGCAAACCUUAUUACAGUCAAGAAUUUUUCGAACAGUUGCUGAAACGUCAAAACAAGCGUUUUAACGUCCGUCAAAUGUUUGUCCUCAAGCAACUCAACGAAUGGAGAGACGGGAUAGCUAGGAAAGAAGACGAAAGUCCUUUUUACGUCUUAUCCAACAAUACGAUGCUUUACAUUGCCGAAGUUUUACCCAAGAAUUAUAUGAACCUCUUGGGGUGUUGUAACCCCGUACCACCUUUACUAAAACAGAAUAUUCACCAAGUUCAAUCCAUCGUGCAGAACGCCCUCAAGCAAGAUCUUUUAGAAUUGCAACAAGGCCUAACCCUUAUCUCCGAGGGACAAAAUAUAUCUUCAAACGCUCAAACCACUCCAUACCAUCAAUCACCAUAUCAACCUCAUGAUAUAAGAACCAAUCUCAAUGAACAAUUUACUCAAGAAGCAAACUUAUCUUCUCGCGAUUCUACCAAUUUCGAAAUUUGUGGCGACAAUAGUCAAAAUUCUAAAUUUUACGAUGCUUUAUCCAGUCCACAGGUGAUGGACAUGUGUGAUUUAUCGCUGAAUCACAAACACAACGAUUUGCACCUUAAUAUGGCAUCCUAUCUGAAGACCCCUUUCGAAAUAUUUAGGGAAAGCGAAAAUAUGAAGAAUAAAUUAAAAGCUGAAAAAUCAGGUGCUGGAGAGCAAUCUAAAGAAGUUGAUACCACUAAUCGCGGAAAUAUAGGUAGAGAAAAUAAUGAUCCAACAGCGGGGGUGUUAAAAAAGGAUAUCAUUCCAGUGAAAGCUAGUCAGCACGAAUUCGUGGCGAAGGUUGCUAGAGGGUUCAUAAUUGAAAUCGAAUCCGUUCCUUCCAAGACGGGGCAUUAUUAA